GAGAUGCAGCAGUGUAUGCGCAUGUUCAUUAAAAACUACGAUACGAAGAAUAUGCGAAUAUAGGUGUCCAGCCUCUAAGGUAACAUCGGAUAUGGUGAUACUGCAAAUUUGUUCAUCCCCAACACUCUUCUGUAUGUUAUGUUAACGCUGGAUUUCUUAAUAUUUUUCUCGAAUGUAUGGAAACACAAGAAGAAGGUAUCGUAAGGAAAGUAGAAUCUCUACUCCUGCACCUUAAUAUUCCUCUUUACGUAACAGAAAAUUUUUAAUGCAUCGUAACAGUUAGCGUUUGUAACUGUUUAAAUGCGCUUUUUUAUUACCAUGAUUUUUUGCUGAUCUUCAGUAUGAUACGAUAUAAAUUGUUCGAAUAUUUAUUCUUCUUUAUCCUCUUCCCUUUUUUUUUCAUCAAAUGUGUUAAAAAUGCGAAUAUAUGUAUAUAUCAAUACAUUUAAUAAUUAGUGAAAAUCAGUAGUACAUUAAUUAUAAAGGCAUACGAUACCUUACCUGAUGCAGGAUACUACUAUGUAUUGUUUUAUUUGAUCAAAGUUUAUAUAUAUCACGGUCUUAGUUUAUAUUGAAAUUUGGUGGUAAGUACAGGAACGCUAAAUUUAAUAAAUAAUGCGCACAUGAAACAUACUAUCAGGAUAUAAAAUGAAACAAAAAAUUAUUCUCUUUCUUAAUUUAAUAAAGUAUAAUACAUGCGUAUUAGUUGAGCAGUUAAGAAAAAGAUAGUACAUAAAUAAUUCUAUUAAAUUGUUUUCUUAAAUGUUAAUUACAUUUUGAACAUAAAAAUAUAAAUAUUAAUACGAUAAACUUGUAACAUGUAAAUAUUAUAUAUAAUAUAUACCUUUUUUUUUUAAGAUAUUGCAUACAUUAAAGAUAACACAGUUACUUCGUUUUUUUUCUCCUAUGAAUUGCCCAACAUAGUAAACUAACAAGUAAUAAUAUGUUGCAUUAAGCAAGCGUUAUGUAAGUCUAUUCAAGUGAUAAUAAUAGCGUAUCAUAUUUGUAUAUCUUUAAUAAUAAUGUAUUACAACAUUUGCGAAAAGAAUUAUGGUACAUUUGAUAUUAGUAAUAUAGAAAUAUUAGUAUCAUAUAUAAAUUUUCAUCAGUCGCUAUUCAGUGCAAUAAAAAUGUUGAGGGAGGGCCUCCUAUUAGGCUUGGGUAAUCCUCUUCUUGAUAUUUCAGCGACUGUAGAUAGGAAUUUUUUGGAAAAAUAUGAUUUAAAAUCGAACGAUGCAAUUCUUGCUGAAGAAAAACACAAGCCAAUGUAUGAUGAAUUAGUUGAAUUGUAUAACGCAAAUUUUAUCGCCGGUGGUUCUGUACAAAAUACUAUGCGAGUAGCACAAUGGUUCCUGGAGAAACCACGAGUUGCAACAUACAUGGGUUGCGUUGGAAUAGAUAAGUAUUCCAAAAUUUUGGAGGAUAGAGCACGUGCAGAUGGCUUAAAUGUUCGUUAUCAAUAUACAAAGAAAGAACCUACUGGUACCUGUGCUGUUCUUAUUACUGGUAAUGAACGUUCCUUAUGUGCUAAUUUGGCUGCAGCCACUUGUUUUUCACCUUCGCACAUAGAAGAAUCUGAAAAUAAAAAAAUUAUAGAAAUGGCAGAAUACAUUUAUAUUUCUGGCUUUUUCUUAACUGUAAGCCCAGAAACAAUCCUGAUGAUUGCUCAACAUGCUUUAGAAAAAAAUAAAAUGUUCAUAAUGAAUCUGAGUGCACCAUUUUUAUGCGAAUAUUAUAAGAAACCAAUGUUGGAGGCUCUUCCUUAUGUAGAUAUUUUAUUUGGUAAUGAGGCGGAAGCUGAUACAUUUGCAAAAACAAAUGAUUUUAAAACUACGGAUAGGAAAGAAAUUGCAUUGAAAUUGUCACAAAUGGAAAAACUGAAUAAGAAAAGACAAAGAAUUGUUAUAAUAACACAAGGUCCCGAUAAUAUAUUAGUAGUUAAAGAUAACACUAUAAUUGAGAUUCCUGCUACAAAACUUCCGAAUGAUAAGGUUGUGGAUACUAAUGGAGCUGGUGAUGCAUUUGUAGGAGGUUUUUUGGCUCAACUUGUGCAAGGUAAAAGCAUAGAAGUUUGUAUAAAAUGUGGAAUUUGGGCUGCAACUCAAAUUGUACAAAGAUCUGGAUGUACUUACGAGGGGAAACCUGAUUUUACUCCUUAAUCACACUUAAGUCAAUUAGUAAUUGUAAAUUCUGUACUUAAUAAAUGAUUUAACAACUUUUUACCUCAA